CGGGCACGUUUGCUUCUUUGGUCUUAGCUUGCCAUGUCGCCGCUGGACUCUCCCAAAGACAUCUCCGAGCUGCCGUUGCUGCGAGCCAACGUCAAGCUGGGCGACCGCACUCCAAGACCUCCAUUGGCUAGAGGCACAGACAGCCCGUCCGCGAGCCCGGGCGUGGAAAAUGCCGCCUACCCACAGGAGCACGUGGCGCCCCCGACCUUCUUCGCCCCACGCCCGCCAGAGGGUCCCAAGGAGCCGGGGGGAAGGCGCCGCACGGGCGGCUCGAGCGGCGCAGUGACCCCCCGCGAGACGCGGAAGGGAGCGUCCACCAGCCUGCCGCCUGUGCCGCUCACCGCCCGCGAGAAGUACCGCGACGACUUCGGGGCCUCCGGGACCUCCAACGGCUCCGGGCGCUCGGUGCACUCGGCGGCGCCGCUCGGGGCCACGGCCCCGGCCGCGCCGCCGGGGCCCAAUGCGCGGGUCCGCAGCGGGUCGCGGCACCUGAAGGCUGCGCCGAAGGCACCUUCUCCCGUGGAGCGCGCCUCGCCCGUGGAGCGCGCCUCCCCUGUGGAGCGCGAGUCUCCGGUCGCUUCGCGCGCCUCGCCCGAGCCGGGCGAGUCGCAGCGUGAGUCGCCGGAGCACGUCUCCCCGCCCAGCACGCCUGGCAGUGGCUAUGACCCGCAGGAGCUGCGAGGGCAAGAGCAACAGCUUCCGAGCUCCAGUUUCCAGGAGCUGAUGGCAGAGAUGCAGAGCGAGAAGGAGCUCUGGAACGAGAAGACCUUGGCGUUGUUGACCUCCAACCCAACCCUCGGCGCCUACGCGUCGACCGCGCUUCCCUCCACUCCCACCAUCUCCGCAUCGGUGGAACCGGAGGCGGAGGAGGUGGAAGAGGACUUGGAGCUGCCGCAGGAGCCGCCGCUGCAAGAGCCGGAGGAGGACAUGGGCGAGGGCCUGAUCGCACAGGCCUUGCGUCAAGCUGGCUUGGAUCCGGAGCAGACCUCCGUGAUGGAUCUCGUAGACUUGCCGGUGUUGGAGGAGGAGCUGGCGUGUGAGGAGUCUCGCCAAAGCCUGGAGGGCUGGAGGGAAAGCUCAAAGUCCUGGGCGCAGCAGAGGGCUCGGCAGAAGAAGGAGCGCUGCCUCUCCGGGCGGGCCACCCCCUGUGAUGAGUGAGGCGUCGCCAAGUGGGAGGUUUGAUAUUUGUCGUUGGGGGUUUCUUGGACCAUGUGGUCCUUUUCUUCUGAGGCCAUUCCUUCUGCCAACCACCC